AUGUGCCGUGAUGCUGGUUUACCAGUAACGGGUAACAAAAAUCAACUAAUUGAACGGUUGAUGGACAACAAUGUAUCCGAAAGCGAAAGUGAUACUCAAAGUGUUGUAAUGCAGCGGUUAUCGUCUUUAGAAAAAACUAUUUCGGACUUGGUGCUACAACAAAAACAAAAUACAACGACAUCAAAUAAUUUUGUACCACCAAUAUCGUCUUCACCGGUAAAUGUUAUUGGUAAUAUGGAAAAGUCCGCUCCAACCGUAACGAGUACAUAUACCGUGAUGCAUCCACAAGUAUUACCGAACGCAUACAAUAGUCAACAUUCGCUGUGGACAACCGCUCAAGAGCCCAGCAAUGUUAAUUUCCCCGAAUUUUCUCAAUCGGGACACGUCGCGUUUGUGCCGCAAUCAAAUGCAUAUGUUUCGCACGCUUGUAUGCAAGCACCACCGACUUUCCCCCCACCGACAUUUGUGCCACCAGUGACAUCCGCGCCGUAUGCAACGUACCAGAAUCCGUCAGUACCGUACACAUUCGAUUACGUUCGCGCACCGCCGGUAGUACCGAAUUAUCACAAUCCAUACGAGAAUGUGCGCGAUAUUGUUGAACUUUUACCCGUUUUUGGCCCAUCGUCCGAUCCAAAAGAUGCGGGAUCAGCAAAAUAUUGGGUUGAUUCUCUGCAAGACGUGUUUAUUUCGUGGGCAGAAUUCGUUCAUAAAUUUCUGCUAAACUUUCCGUGCAUCGAAAAUGAAGCCGAUGUGCAUCUUAAGAUGGCACAAACGAAACGGCAAACCAAUGAGUCCGCUCAAGAGUUUUAUUACCGCAUGCUUGCCUUAGGUUCAAAAGGUGGGUUAUCCGACUCGAGUAUUGCGCGCCAUAUUAUAAACGGCAUUAAUGAUUCAGACUUACGUAAGAAAAUUUCUAAUAACUAUACGCAUUGUCAAGAUUUACUAAGUGACAUUAUAAACUUUAAUAUUUAUAACGAAGUGAAAACCGCGCCACCUAAAAUGGUAUUCAAAACAAACGCGUCGAUAGAAAAACCGCCGAAUCGAAAGUUUGCGGUUACAGAAAAUCAAAAGCCACAAACACCUUUACCACUCGAAAAAGUUAAGUGCUAUAACUGCUUUAAAUUUGGACAUUAUUCCGUAAAUUGUGCCGAGCCACAACGGAAGUCGCGCUGUGAAAAGUGCCAACGCACAACGCAUAAAACCGCAGACUGUUAUCUAAAAACUGAAAACCGCAUUAAUAUAAUUGAUCAGCGCGCAUGUGAUGAUAAAAUAGUUAAAACAAUCAAAGUGAAUGGUAUAGAAACUCUAGCAUUUGUGGACCCUGGUAGUAGUCGUACACUUAUUCGUAAAACAUUCGCGCGUAAAAUCGGAGACGUGCGUGAGCAACUCACAAUAUUGAAAGGGUUCGCGGACGGACAAUAUGCUAGUACCGAAAUUGUAAGUGCGAUAAUAGAAAUUGACGGUAAUAAUAAUCCAACUAUUAUGCCUGUCAUUGACGAUGAUUUCUUGUGUGAAUCCGUAUUGUUGGGACGAGACGUAUUGUGCCGCGCGGGUAAUCGCUUGGUUAUUGAACAAGAUCAGUGCCGCAUAGAAGACAUAAAUAAAAUUGACGUUACAAAUGAUUUAAGUGUAAUUGAUCGCCAGAGCUUGCAACAACUACUAACACAACACGCUGAUGUUUUUGCAAGAAAUUUAUCUGAAAUUGGUAAGUGUGAUGUUGCAAAAAUGAGUAUCGAAUUAAACAUCAACAUACCAAUUUGCCUUAAGCCGUACCGUAUUCCGUUCGCUAAACGCGCGAUCGUUUCCGAAAUCGUAUCUGAAUUAUUGAGCAACAAUAUAAUUCGACCGAGUGAGUCAUCUUACGCCGCGCCAGUUGUUCUCGUCGAAAAAAAGAAUGGCGAACAUCGCUUAUGUGUGGACUACCGCAGUCUAAACAAAGUUACUAUAAAAAGACCUUAUCCCAUGCCGAUCAUGGAAGAACAGUUCGCGCAACUUGCCGGAAAUAAUUUUUUUACAACGCUUGAUCUACGUACCGGGUAUCAUCAAAUUGAAAUAGAUGAAUCCUCAAAAAAAUAUACCGCUUUCGUAACUACUGACGGCCACUACGAAUACAACCGCAUGCCGUUCGGUCUGGUAAACGCGCCCGCUGUGUUCCAAUGUAUGAUGGAUAAAAUUAUUGCACAAAUGCCGCGCGGUGAAGUGUUAGCAUAUUUGGAUGAAGUUAUUAUUCCAAGUAAAACUAUUGACGAAGGACUUAAGCGACUCGAAAAAUUUAUAAAAAUAUUAAAACGUUAUGGACUUACAUUGCGCAUGGACAAAUGUAAAUUUCUUAAAAAUGAAAUUGAGCAUUUGGGCCAUGUAAUUAAUAGAAACGGUAUAACGCCGGGUAAACGUAAAGUAGCCGCGAUCGCAGAUUUUCCGCCGCCUAAAAACGUCACAGAGGUCCGAAGAUUUCUGGGUCUUACUGGAUUUUUCCGAAAAUUCGUGCCCAACUAUUCGUUUAUAGUCAAACCAAUAACGCAGCUGCUACGUAAAGAAGAACAAUAA